AUGGAAGCCUCAAACACAAAGUCCAAUUUCCAUGCUAGAUCAAAUAGUUUACCUUCAAGGCCACACCCUUUGAUUCUACAAUGCAAUGAGCAUUUAGAGAGGUUAAGAUCUUCCAAUGAAACCUCUUCUUCUUCUUCUUCUUCUUCUCUUAGAUACAAGCUAGGAGCCUUACAAGAUCUUCAUGAAUGUGUUGAAAACUUGGUUCAACUUCCACUAACACAAGAUACCCUUUUGCAUGAACCUCAAGAAAAUUGUGUUGAUGAGCUCUUAGAUGGAUCUUUGAGGCUCCUUGAUGUUUGCACAUCAGCAAAAGAUUCUCUGCUUCACACAAAGGAGUGCAUUCGCGAGCUUCAAUCGGUUAUUCGAAGAAAAAGAGGAGGAGAAGAAGGGAUCAUAGCUGAGGCUAACAAGUUCUUGAACUCAAGGAAAGUUGUGAAAAAGGCCAUAGUCAAAGCCUUGCUGAAUUUGAAGCCUAUUGCCAAAAACAUCAUCAAAGAUCAACAAACAUUGGCAUUGGUUGGUUUGUUGAAGGAUGUUGAAGUUGUUACACUUUCAAUAUUUGAGUCCUUGUUGCAUUUUAUCUCAGGAACUUCAUCAUCAAAUGUAAAACAUGGUACUUUGUCUUUGGUUUCAAAGUUAAUAAUCCACACCAAAAGGACAAGAAGAAGUUGCUCUUAUGAGAGUGAAUUUUCCCAAGUGGAUGCAGCAUUAUUGGCAUGCAUAUCAGAUAAGAACAUGAGUGAAAUGCAGAACCAAUUGGAGAAACUUGAGUCAUGCAUCCAUGAUCUUGAAGAAGGACUUGAGUUUAUGUUUAGGCGUUUGAUCAAAACUAGGGUUGCUCUUCUAAACAUUCUCAAUCAUUAGUAUUGAUCAUGAAUAUAGAUGUAACUUAAUUUGGUCAUAGAAUUCAAAA